AGUAGAGGGCGGCAGGAGUCGGCUCUGCGGGGAAGGGAGUCACCGUGAGAGAAGCCAGGUCCCGGUCCCAGCCCCCACCAGUCCCGUGGCAGCCGCGUGGGCGUGCAGCUGUUCCUGCUUUCUCCUCGGCUGCGCCGCUAGCAGAGCCGAUAGGCGGGGCUAGUGUUCCCCGUCGCCCUCCCGUGCAGCUAGGCUCCGCCGCGGAGCUCUGGGGGCCCACCCGGUGUCCGGCAGGCGCGGCGCUGCUCGCAGGAAAAGCGGGGAAGGCAAGUCCGCGUGGUGCUGCGACCCCGGGCGCUGCAAGGAGCACUGCUAUCUAAGAUGGGAUCCAAGCUCUCAGUGGAUGACUCGGUGUGCGUUGUGAUCGUUGGAGGAGGUUUUGGGGGAAUCGCAGCUGCCAGACAACUGAAGUCCUGGGGAAUCCCAUUUGUUCUUGUGGAUAUGAGAGAUGCAUUCCAUCAUAAUGUGGGUGCUCUUCGGGCCUCUGUAGAGAGCGGAUUUGCCAAGAAAACCUUCAUCUCUUACUCUGUGACCUUUGAGGGGAGCUUCCGACAAGCCAAGGUGGUUGGAAUAGACCCACUGAGGCAGAAAGUCUUGCUGAAUGAUGAUGAAGAGCUCUUCUACUCUCACCUCAUUCUUGCUACAGGCAGUGAUGGGCCUUUUCCUGGGAAGUUGAACCAGAUCAUUGACAUGGAAGCUGCCAUUCGAACUUAUGAAGACCUGGUCCAGGAGCUCCAGAAAUCUCCACGUAUUGUGAUAGUAGGCGGUGGUGCUGCUGGUGUUGAAAUGGCUGCGGAGAUCAAAACAGAAUACCCAGCGAAAGAGGUGACUCUCAUUCACUCCAAAACCGCAUUGGCUGAUGUGGAGCUCCUACCAAGCGUCCGGCAGGAGGUGAAGGAGAUUCUUCUCAGGAAACAAGUGCAUCUCUUGUUAAGUGAGAGAGUCCAGAACAUGCAUACGCUGACUUUAAACCAGUUCCAAGAGAAUAUGGCAGUGAAGACAGACAAGGGCAGGGAGGUUGCUGCUGACAUGGUGAUUCUCUGCACUGGAAUCAAGAUCAAUUCAUCAGCAUACAGUAGUGCAUUUGGGGAGAAGCUGGCGAGUAAUGGUGCUUUAAAAGUCAACCAGUACCUACAGGUGGAAGGGUAUGAUAACAUCUAUGCUAUCGGCGAUUGUGCUGAUGUGAAGGAACCAAAGAUGGCAUACCAUGCUGGGCUCCAUGCCAAUAUUGUGGUGACAAACAUCAUUAACAGUCUGACACAGAAACCGCUUAAAACCUACCAGCCAGGGUCACUAACUUUCCUGUUGUCAAUGGGCCGGAAUGAUGGGGUUGGCCAAAUUAGUGGAUGCUAUGUGGGACAUCUCCUGGUGACUAUUGCCAAGAGUCGGGACCUUUUUGUUUCUAAGAGCUGGAAGACUAUGGGACAGACUAUGCCCUGCUAGAUAGAAAGAACAGUGAUGAAGUGGCAAGGGAACAGCUGUUAUCAACUGGCAUUAACAAAGCUGGAAAAUGACACAAGCUACACGGCUAUUUGACUGAUACCAAUACUGCACCAAAUCAUGUAUCAUAAAUGCCAAAGCACACUCUUUUUGAAGUAGAUCAACACAAACUGUAUUUCUUGUUGAAACUUUAACACUCAGUUCAUGUGCUACGAUGUAUCAGAGGAAUUCAAUUUAAAUAGAUUUAAAAUUAAGUAGCAGAA